AUGUCGGUACCAGAAGCUCUCUAUGUGGCUGGCUAUGUUCUCCAGAUUGUUUCAUACGUGCUUGCUACUGAGAAGGUAUCCCGAAAGGGAAACGUACUUGGACUUUCUUGCGACUUCAUUUCCUAUUCUUGGCUAUGGUUCGUAUCUAACGUUUACUUUGGUGGUAAUUACCUAGCAUCCACGUAUGUUGUCUUCCAAUAUGCCAACAGGUAUCCCGAAUAUCCCACGUUUUAUACCUCAAAACUUGUAUUCUUCCUUGACUGUUUGGGACUAGCAGCAACAAGCUGCCUAAUGUACCAGAUUUUUAGGAAAUACAGGUCAACGAGGAAAGGCAACGAGGCAUUGGGUAUGCUAUUCUACUUUGUGAUUACCCUUGUCAUACUUGGUCUUGUGUGGCUACUAUGGAACUAUGCUCGUGGACAAGAGACCCUCAAUGAGCUUGACAUUGCCAACUACUUCUGGCUUUCGACGUUUUUCCAGGCCAUCACCAAGUCCACUCUUGGCAACCCUGCCAAUUAUCCAUAUGCCACGAUUGAUCCUUCGAUGUCUCUCAUUGUGGUGGAAAGCCCAAAGCUUGACCACCUUCAAAAAUUGUAUGGAUCAGCGAAGAAGGUGCCCACGUCCAUGACGAUAUAUGAUAUUGCAGGUCUCACAAGAAAUGCAGCACUGGGUGAGGGUCUAGGCAACAAGUUUUUGGCCGAUAUUCGUCAGGUUGACGGAGUGUUUCACGUGGUUCGAGGAUUCCGGGACGACGAAAUUACGCACAUUGAGCACAACGUGGACCCUGUGAGAGAUAUGACCAUCGUGACCGAUGAGCUCAUUCUCAAGGACUUGGACUACAUUGAGAUUGGGCUUGAACAGGCACAGAAAGCCUUGAAGAAGCCCCAAGCGGACAAGGGGAAAAUACAGUUUGAGAUCGACACGCUCAACAAGCUUCUGGAUCUUCUAUACCUGGGCAGGAAGGUGAGCACUGUGGAGUGGAGCAACGAGGAGAUCGACAUUAUCAACCCAUUAAACCUUCUCACGGCUAAGCCCACCGUGGUAUUGCUUAACGUGAACGAGGCUGACUACCAGAAUGACUCCAACGAGUUUAAGGAGGCCGUGCAAGGGUGGAUCCAGGAGAAUUGUCCGGAAGACCAGUUGAUGUUAUUUUCAGCAGCGUAUGAAACACAGCUAAAUGAAAAAAGAGACAAUGUGGAGGAACUCGAGGCUUACAUGGCCGAGCAUGGCCACAAGGGGAGCGCCAUGAGUGGAAUUGUGGACAAGAUGCGGUCUGCGCUUCGUCUUGUUUCAUUCUACACGUGUGGGCCCAAAGAGGCGCAUCAGUGGACGGUUCGGGAGGGAUCUCUAGCACCCGAAGCCGCUGGAACCAUCCACACUGACCUCCAGAAAACCUUCAUUUCAGCACAAGUGUACAAGUGGAAAGAUCUCCAGGACGAGCAGCCGCCGUUAGACGAGGCUGGGCUUAGAUCAAAGGGCAAGCAGCAUCGGCAGGGCAAAGCUUACGUGAUCGAGGAUGGCGACGUUUUAGUGGUGAAGGCGGCAGGAGGCAAGGCCAGGUGA